AUGUAUCUUGGAUGUGAAUCUUCCUUAAAUAUCUAUCUCUCAACAAGCAAAAAUUAUACUAAAGAAGAAAUUACCAAUAUUUACUGGUAGCAUAUUUAGAAUAAUACACUUUUAACUCUUUGCAAAAACUUUGAGGGCUGUGAAUAUGCAGGAAAGAGUGGUUGGACAAGAGGAGUUUAACUUUUAGGAGAUGAUUAAAGCUUUUAAAUGUUCUUAAGAAGCAUAGGCUUAUAAAAUUACACAUAUUUAACCCCAUUAAAAGAAUUUAACAUCUAAAAUGAUAUAACAGUCAUAAAUUCUUAUAAUCUCUUUAAUCAAGAAUCUUCAAGUACUUAGGAAUGUAGUUUAAAGCAGUGGAAUUACAAAUAUAAUCAAUCUUAACUUACAUCCUGA